ACUGUUAUUUUUUUUUAUUUUAUUUUUUGUAAAAACAGCCAUGUCACGAAAAAGCAUUCGAUCUUCCACAGCGUCAACAUUUGUUCGCAAUCUCCAUUUACUCGGUUUCGAACCACCGCGUAACAGCAAAUGGGUUGUCAGUCAACAAACCUUUACAGUCAAUGCUGACAGUAUUAAAGCAUUCGAACAUAUCAGUUAUUUCUUGUUCAAUAUACUUGACAAAAAGAAGGCAAAAACAACUUUUAUGGAAGUUUGGCCUAUUAAAAACGUAAAACAAUCACGCGAAUACCGUCGACUUGCUUUUCACUGGUUAAAGGAUAUUCAACCAGGUACCCAUUUAGUGAAUGCACCUUUAAGAGUAAGUUAUUUUACAGAUUGUCGUGGUAAACCCUUCAACGAGAUCGUCUCGGCUUUUACUGCUCUUGUUAUGGACAAACAGCCAAAAGAUAACACAGAUGUUGCUACGGGCGAUUCAUAUUCAACAAAAACAACCCAAGAUCCCACGCCACGCACAGCAGACAAAAGAUCUACAAUGCACCGUUCUCUUACAACUGAGGUGUUGCCUCGAAAGAAGACAAGAACACAAGCUCCAGUUGAUUCACCCAAAUCAUCUUUAAAUAUAACACCACCCACAUACCCCCGAGCAUUAUCACAUACUCCACCAUUACAACAUUCACCAGUACUUAUUUCAUCCGUGCCAUCCUCUUCCAAACCAAAAACAUCACUCACAUGCCCCCGAGCAUUAUCACAUAUUCCACCAUUUCAACGUUCACCAACACUUAUUUCAUCCGUGCCAUCCUCUUCCAAACCACAAACAUCACCCACCUUUAAAUCACGAAUUCCAUCAGAAGAACGUUCUUUAAUAUCAUCAUCAUUAUCAUCAAUUGAUUCAGCAUCAUCCGCAGCAUAUCAUACCCCACCAUCAAGCACAGAUUUUUUAUUAUCUUCAAAAUCUGCUGAACUAGCAUCUUCAAAAAAUAAUCAUCUGCCACCCUCAACAGAAUCUCCUUUGCCGCCCUCAACAGAAUCUUCUUCGUCGCCCUCAAUGGAGGCACCUCAACGCAUUAUACCUCCUUUAGAAUAUCUUCGAUUCUCUAGCUUUAUGGAAAAAGUGCGACAAGAAGAACUCGCUUAUAAGCAAGAACGAGCUCGUAGAGAGAAAGAGCGAUAUAAAAUUGAAAAUCUCCGCAAUUUUCUUUUAAUGUACAAAUAAAUUUGGCAUGAAUUUAAACAGAAAUAAAUGCAACAUCCAUAAGUCCCCCAAAAAACCACAAAAAACUUGAAAUAUUUUUCAAAUACAC